AUGAAAACUUACUUAAAAAAAGGUUCUUUAGAAUAUUCAAAGACAAAAGAUCUUGACUCAUACGAAAAAUGGUUUAAAAUUUGUGACGAUGCAUUAAAAAUAGAAUCCAAUAAUGCAAUGGCACUAUACGAUCGUGCUAUGAUUUACUUUUUGACGGAUCGUAUUGAGGAUUCCCUUUUGGAUGUGAAUAAAUCAUUAGAAAUUGAUCCAAAUAACAUUGACGCACUAAUCGUUCGUGGAAAAGCUUUAUUUAAAUUAAAUCGACAAGAAGAAGCCCUUGCAGAUAUAAAUAAAGUACUUGAAGUUGAUACAAAUAACAACGAUGCGUUAUUGGUUAGGGCUUAUAUAACUUUAUCAAAUCAACAAGGUUCAGAACAUUUUACUAAUAAUGAGUCAGACGCACUCGUAAACCGUGGAAAAAUCUAUAUGAGCCUUGAACUAUUCGAAAAAGCAAUUUCUGAUCUUAAUAAGGCUUUAGAAAUUAUUCCAAAUAAUAGAAAUAAUAUGGAAAUUUCACUUUUAAUUAUAGGCCUUUAUAUUAAAAUGAAACGAUUCGACCAUGCCGUAGUCAAUUUAAGCAAGUAUUUAGAUUUUGAACCAAACAAUGUAUUUUUUUUGGUCCUUCGAGGAUUAAUAUAUCCUAGUUUAAAUCGUACUCAAGAAUCGAUUGAAGAUUUUAAUAAAGCUUUAGAUCUUGACCCCAAAAAUUCAGGAAUAUAUUUGUCACGAGGAAUUACUUAUAGUCUUAUGAAUAAAUUUAAAGAAUCAAUUUCUGAUUUUGAUGCUGCUCUAGAACUUGAGCCAAAUAACGCUUUAAUUUUGACAUCACGCGGAAGAUCAUUAAUUAAUUUUAACGAAUCUUUAAAAAUUAACCCUAAUGAUUGUUUAACUUUAAUACAUCGAGGAGACACUCAUCGCAUUUUGAAUAAUUAUGAGGAUGCAAUCUCUGAUUUAAAUAAAGCAUUAUCAAUCGAACCUAAUGACAAACUCGGCUUAAGAAUUCGAGCUGACAUAUUGAGUGACAUAAAAAAAUACUCUAUAACUUCGGAUUUAUAUGAAUAUAUUCAACGCAUGUCGAAAAAAAAUGUGGAAUCACUUACAAAUUUUAUAAAAAGUACAAAAAUCAAUAUUGUUAAUUGGCCCAUAAUAAAAAUACGAGGCGAGAUUUAUAAUAUUCUUGGUCGUCACGAAGAAUCACUUGCAGAUUUUAAUGUAGUAUUAGAACAUAACCCAAAUAAUUCAGAUGCGUUGUUCCAGCGUGGAAAUGUUUAUUACUUUAUGAGUCGUUUUGACGAGUCUCUUAUUGAUUUAAAUAAGGGUUUGGAAAUGGAUCCAAAUAAUGAAUCUUCAUUAAAGACUCGAGGACUUAUUUAUUUUAAGAUGAAAAAAUAUGAAGAUUCAUUAAUUGAUUUUAAUAAAGUUUUAGAAAUAAAUCCAGAAGGUGAAUUCAUUGUUAUCAAAUUUCGAGCUAUGCUUAAUUGGUUUUUAGGUGAUAAUGAAAAGGCAUUGUCUGAUUGCAAUAAAGUAUUAGAACUUGAUCCAAAUGAUACAGAAACUCUAAAAAUUAGAGCUAAAAUUUAUUAUUUGAUACAAAAUUUUGAAAAAUCUCUAGCAGAUUAUAGCAGAUUAUCAAAUGAUGAAUUAGAAGAUAUCGAUCUAAAUAUCCGUGGCCAAAUUUAUUAUCUAAUAGGUAGUUUUGAUGAAUCAUGCUCUGAUUUGAGUCAAUCAUUGGAAAUAGAUCCAACUCAGUAUGAUGCUUUAAUAAUUCGUGGAAUAACAUUUUAUAUGCGUGGUCAUUAUAAUGAAGCUUUACAUGAUUUUAAUGAAGCAUUAAAACACAAUCCAAAUAAUGCAAACUGUCAUGGAUAUCGUGGGGCAACUUAUUUGAAAUGCAUGAAAUAUGAAAAGAGUCAAAAGGACUUGGAUAAAGCAAUUGAAUUGGAUCCAAGCGAACCAUAUUUUCAUUGGCAACGUGGAUCACUUUUUUGCGCCAAAGAUGAAUAUGAAAAAGCAAUAGAAGAGUUUACAACAUUGGAUGAAUUUAAACCAACGUAUGUAGUCGAAAAAUUUGAACAGGCCGAAGCUUUUUACAAUCGUGGACUUUUGUAUCAGAAACUGGGUAAAAUUGAAAAUGCCAUAAAAGAUUUUGAAAAAUCCCUUAACAUAAAUCCUAAUAAUGAUCAGGCCAAAUCCAUUUUGAAUAAAAUUUCAACCUAA